AUGCACUAUGUUGCUGGAAACCUCCCCAAGAAAUUGCCAAACGACAAUCUACCCUUUAUAGAUGAUUGGGUUGAGCAUGCAGGUGACAAUGGAACACUCACAGAAGACAUUAUCGACAUUGCUCCUGUGGGGAAACACAAACGGACUGCAGCGGAUGCACCUUUGCUAGCCUGGAUUCCAGAACGUCAAAGCUUCCUGGAUGAAAUGAUGCAUCUCAAUGGAUACGAGUCUGAGGGCAUCACUUGUUUGUGCGGUGGAGUACUGCCUGAAUUCUGCAUGUGUAUCAUCCGUUGCAUAGAAUUGAGAUGUGGAACGGGUCAUUUUUUUCAACGUAUCAUGCUGAAAAAGCUUGGGGUUCAAAUACAGCUUGGCCAUAACCCAGGAGAAAGGUGCUAUAAUCCUCGCCCCUCUGCUGGUGACAAUUUCGUGGUCAUUGGGCUCAAUGGCGUUCAUGAAGUUGCACUAGACUUCUGUGGCUGUGCUUCAGCUCAGAAUGAGAGCAAGGUGUCUGCUUACGAGUUCUACCAUUUGCUUGCAAGAUGCACCGAUAAUUCCGGGUUAAUAGGGAUUAAGGAUCAGUAUUCCGCUUUCAUGCGGAUGGUACACCAAUGGUGCAACCUCAAACAACUUGGCUGUGGAGGGAGGGGACAUGACCCUGCUGGAGUUAAUGCUACAGCCAAAGGGGAACUAGGAGCAGGAGCCACUGUCUAUCAAAUGGAAAUACACAUUCGGAAGGCUGUGUCUUCCGAUACUGCUGACCCUAGCCUCAAUGCCGGAUGGGCAUAUUUCAUGCAGGAUCACAGGUAUAAGUCUUACAUUGCAGACCGUGCUACCAAAAAGCAAGAGCAAAGCACAUGUGUAAGCCACAAUGCAGUCAAUAUGGCAGAUAUCAAGUCCUCUCGUGGGCUUGCUGCCACAGGUGUUGGGACGAUCGACUGCGCCCGACACAACAUGAAGCUUCCUAAUGGUGUUGGAGACCUUCAGAAGGGGGAACAGUACAUCAACAUGGACUACAUUGUGUGUUCUGCACUCUUCAUCUUCACGAUGUCCAUGAUGCCAGAAUGGCUUUGCCCUCCCCCCCAUGUCGAUAAGUGUUGCACCAACUUCUCCUUCAACUGGUCAAGAUAUGUGGGCCAAACAGAUGGUGAAGCUCCUGAAUGGGGUUGGUCCAACAUCAAUCAAGUGGCAUCAAGCACCAAAGAGAUGGGGCCAGGAACACAUUGGGACACUCUUGAUGAUCACUUUGGUGAUUGGAACUGGAAGAAAAUAACAGUGUUAGGGCAGACUUUACAUAAGAAGAUAGUUGAGGCCAUAAAGUGGGCAAAGGAGCACUCUGAAACCCUCGCGGAGCUGGAGACGACUAUCCACCUGACUCUCAUCACUCAAUGGAAAGCAGAGAUAGAAUCCUGGGAGGAGGAUAAUUCUUCUCCCAAUCCCUUUGAAAGCUGGUUUAAUUCGGUCACCCAGGCAGCUGUACAGCUACAACUCAUUGAACUUGAGACCCAGGAACUUCAAGCUGGUAUUAAUGUCUCGCUUCACACUGAUAUCUCUCCAAGCAGGCUGAUUACUUCAGGCAUGGAUCUUGAAGAUCAACAGGCGCACUUAAGAUCCAGUCUUGCCGAUAUCUCCCUCCAUGACACCGAUAAGCAGAAGGCUAUGAUACAGACCCAGAUCACCUCCCUCCAGCAACGCCUUGAUGCCUGGGCUCACAUCCAGGAACUGUACAUGCCUAUUGUCUGUCAACUCCGGCAUCAAUUGUCCAAAGCCAGCAGGAAGUCCCAGGAAUUGAAACUUGAAGAUUUCAACCUGUGGCUCCCUUUGCACCUUCCAGCUAACACCCCUGUAGACCAGAAGCUUGCUGGACAUGAGUGGGAGCUACGCUAUGCAUAG